AUGGCCCACUCUCAUUCCCACGAUGCUGGCGUGAGCCACUCCCACGACGAUCCCUUCAACGGCCAUGGCCACUCGCACGACAUCCUCGAUGGACCAGGCUCGUACCUCAACCGUGAGAUGCCGCUGAUCGAGGGCCGAGACUGGAAGGACCGUGCCUUCACCAUUGGAAUUGGAGGACCCGUUGGCUCCGGCAAGACAGCCCUCAUGCUAGCACUGUGCCACGCCCUGCGCGACCAAUACAACAUCGCAGCCGUCACAAAUGACAUCUUCACACGCGAGGAUGCCGAGUUCUUAACCCGCCACAAAGCCCUCGCACCCUCGCGUAUCCGCGCCAUCGAAACAGGCGGCUGCCCCCACGCCGCUGUCCGCGAAGACAUCAGCGCAAACCUCCUCGCUCUGCAGAACCUGCAGAGACAAUUCUCCACCGACCUGCUGCUCAUCGAGUCCGGCGGUGAUAAUUUGGCUGCAAACUACUCGCGCGAGCUGGCUGAUUUCAUCAUCUAUGUGAUCGAUGUUGCUGGUGGUGACAAGGUGCCUAGGAAGGGUGGUCCGGGUAUCACGGGCUCGGAUCUAUUGGUAGUUAACAAGAUUGAUCUUGCUGAGGCUGUGGGUGCGGAUUUGAAGGUUAUGGAGAGGGAUGCGGCGAAGAUGCGGGAGGAUGGACCGACUGUCUUUGCGGUUGUUAAGCAUGGGAAGGGUAUGGAUCACAUUGUGAAUUUGAUUAUUAGUGCUUGGAAGGGGAGUGGUGCUUAUGAUCUGAGUCUGCAGCGGUGGAAGGAGGGUGCACCGCGUGGUUCGGGGAGCCUUGAUGCGUAG